UGCUGAGUAUCGGCGAAGGCGGCUUUUGGGAAGGGACCGUGAAAGGCAGGACCGGCUGGUUCCCGGCGGAAUGUGUGGAGGAGGUGCAGAUGCGGCAGUACGAUCCACGGCAAGAAACCAGAGAAGACAGGACCAAGCGCCUCUUCAGACAUUACACCGUGGGCUCCUACGACAACUUCACCUCCCACAGCGACUACAUCAUCGAGGAGAAGACGGCCGUGCUGCAGAAGAGGGAGCAUGAGGGAUUCGGGUUUGUGUUGCGAGGGGCCAAAGCUGAAACACCGAUUGAGGAGUUCACCCCAACGCCAGCCUUCCCUGCCCUGCAGUAUCUGGAGUCAGUGGACGUGGAAGGUGUUGCCUGGAGAGCAGGGCUCCGCACAGGAGACUUUCUGAUUGAGGUGAACGGCGUGAACGUGGUGAAGGUGGGGCACAAGCAGGUGGUCUCGCUGAUCCGGCAAGGGGGCAAUCACCUGGUGAUGAAGGUUGUGUCCGUCAGCCGCAAGCCAGAGUCGGAAGAAGUUGUUCGGAAAAAGG